AUGGCUCGGAUGGUUGAAGUGGCCAUGGCGGCGACGGGGAUCCUGGUGGCACUUGUGGCUUUCGGGACCAGGUUCAUCCACCUGCCGCUCGAUAGGACCACCGCCUACAUCAGCGACACUACACAAAGCGGAAUUGCUGCUUUGGUUCAACACGCUCAUGCUCUCAAGGUUCCGCUUCAACUCCUUCUCGCUUCGGUGCACAUGCUGUACUCAGCUGCGGUUGCUCUCACCAUUCUGCUGUGGUGGAUGGACAUCUCUCCAGCACAAGUCAGAGCGUGGUUGCAUCAACAGAGCUUGGCUGUGACGGCUGGGCUGAUAAAGCUCAAGAGUGCAGCCGUGUGCUUCAUGACUCCUGGCUUUCGCUGUCUGGUCGACAAACCCAUUUCUCAAUUGCAGGGCUUGUACGAGGUUCUUAAAACUCCUGCGGAUCGUGUAUUGGGAGUGGAUGGGUGGAGGGAGGUGAUGGAGGAGAGAGUGAGGGCGCUUGGCGAGCAGCUGGAGGAGACAAGGAGGGAGCUCGAAGCAGCCAACAGGAAGGUCACGGAGCAGGACAAUCGUGUGCUGAAGGUUGAAGUUGCUUUUGAGGAAGCUUGGAUUUCCCUUGUACAAGGCCGUUGGGGAAGCACACAGAUGUUGAAUACCAUCUCAUCAGCAGUCAGUGGGGAAAUGGGAAGGCGUGCCACUCUAGUUUUGUCGAAUUGCUCCAACCUCCCACCUCUCACACCCCACCUCUCACAGCCCACCCCUCACACCCCACCUCUCACAGCCCACCUCUCACACCCCACCUCUCACACCCCACCUCUCACACCCCACCUCUCACACCCCACCUCUCACACCCCACCUCUCACACCCCACCUCUCACACCCCACCUCUCACACCCCACCUCUCACACCCCACCACUCACACCCCACCUCUCACACCCCACCUCUCACACCCCACCUCUCACACCCCACCUCUCACACCCCACCUCUCACACCCCACCUCUCACACCCCACCUCUCACACCCCACCUCUCACACCCCACCUCUCACACCCCACCUCUCACACCCCACCUCUCACACCCCACCUCUCACACCCCACCUCUCACACCCCACCUCUCACACCCCACCUCUACUCACACCCCACCUCUCACACCCCACCUCUCACACCCCACCUCUCACACCCCACCUCUCACACCCCACCUCUCACACCCCACCUAUCACACCCCACCUCUCACACCCCACCUCUCACACCCCACCUCUCACACCCCACCUCUCACACCCCACCUCUCACACCCCACCUAUCACACCCCACUGCUCACCGUGUCCCCGUCACUGUCCUGUGCCCCCACCAUGCGCCUCUCCAGUCAUACCCCUCCGCUCCUCGCCCCUGCACCUUCACCAAACCUCUGCUCACCGUAUCCCCAUCGCUGUCCUGUGCUGUGCGCCUAUCAUGCUCCUCCGCUGCUCCGCAUCACAUCACACACCUCUUCUUCCACCCCACCCCUUCUGAAGUUUGUCUCGUCGAUUUAAUAACCACACGAGUUGAUGGAAGUAAGACCUCCGCAGCCCACCUGUCUGCUACUGACAGCUCCGCAUCACAUCACACGCCUCUUCUUCCACCCCACCCCUUCUGCCCUCCUCUUCCCGCCCAACCGCUCACCGUGUCCCCAUCGCUGUUUUGCGCGCCUAUCAUGCGCCUCCCGCUGCUUCGCAUCACUCACCUCUUCCCCAACCCCACCCUCCCAACCCUCCUGCCCCUCCCCUCCCCUCCCCUCCCUCCCCACCCCACACCACACCACCGCUCAAGGUGUCUCCAUCACUGUCCUCUGACCCUACAUGCGCAUCGAAUCACACCCUUCCCCUCCUCCUCUCACCCCUCCUCUCCCUCUCCCACGCCAACACAACUCACCGUGUCCCCAUCACUGUCCUGUGCGCCUAUCAUGCGCCGCCGCUGCUCUGCAUCACUCGCUGCCGCCAAAAGCAUGCCGAUCACAUUCAAGAAGCCUGGUGGGGGGAGCGGAAGGGGAGUGGGGGAAGAGGGUACGCGGGGCAGGGAUGAGGUCAGGGCGCGUGUGUGGCAGCAGCAGCAGCAGCAGCAGCAGCAUGAGCAUGCCCUUUGCCCACCAAAUUCGAGAAGCCUAGUGGGGGGAGUAGAAGGGGAGUGUAAGUGGGGCGCGGAUGGGGAUGCAGGGGAGAGGUGA